GAGUUCAAACACACAUCUGAUAUCUUCCAGAAAACUAAAAGCCCAAAACGAGAAGACAGAGGACUCUUCUGAAUGAUGGCUAAGCCACAAAUCUUAGUGUGUUUUUUUCUCUAAAUUAUUUCCCACUAGAAAUUUAGAAAGAAAAAAAGAGAUGAGAUCAUCAAUCACUACAAAAUAGAUAUAACCGCCUUUCCAAUCUUCCGUCCAGCUCUCUUCUCUCUCUCAUAAACGCAAAGAGCUCGUUUUCUCUCUCUCUCCACCGCAAAAAAUUAAUUGAAGAAUAUUUCAAAGCAUAUAUAUAUAUAUACAAGGAUCAUGACGAAGUUAAAGUUUGAUUACGAGGAGGUCUCUCUCACAGUCUCUCUGUUUCAGGACACAUCAAACGACUUUUUACUUUUUUGACAGUUUCGUGUUUUUAUUUACUAAACAGGAAUACAUAAGAAACUCGAGAGGCGUCGAGUUGUUUGCCUGCAGAUGGGUUCCAUCUUCUUCUCCCAGAGCUCUCAUCUUCCUCUGCCAUGGCUACGGAAUGGAAUGCAGCGGCUUCAUGAGUGGUAUUUAAUUAUCAUCCUCUACUCUCUUUUAAUGCUCCUCUGCCACGCGGCGAUACAUAGUAUAUAUCCUCUUUUCGACCAAACCAAAAAAAAAUCUUCGUCUAUAUUCGACUCAACCAUUUAAUCGUCCAUAUUCGUCUAUAAUCUGCAUGGUUGCGUGUUUGUUACACUUUACUUGCAUUUUAGAUCAAAUUUGGGUUUUGUAGCAUCGACCAUAUGUCUGCAUAUCCGAUUUCUAGUGGCGUAUCAUUUGCGUUACUUGUUUUGAUAUUUAUAAAACAAAUUUUAUUCAGCAAGAAAAAAAGCAAAGACAAAACAGAAUUGGUUUUAUCGUAUCAAAGUGGGUGUUUUUUUUUUUUUAAAAAGAAGAUAAUAUAGAUAACAGAAGAAUAUGUUAGUUGCACAAUUAUGCUCAUAUUCUGAUUAUUGCACUUUUGUCUGCUUCAUGACUUAUGAUUUAGUCUUCGUUAUUCAUCUACAUUCUCCACGUGUUUCCUUGACCAUUCACAUCUAGUGGCUCUUUUGUUUGUUAUCCCUUUAAUUUCUGGGAAACGUUAACGCUUAUCCUUAUCUUCAAAAAAAUAUAUUUGUUUUUCCUUUUGAUUUGGCUCUAGUUUAUCUAAAUGCCGGUGUGUGACCGAUUUUUAUGGAGGUAAUAUGGCCAAUAAAGACUUUAUCAAUAGUAUUAGUUUAGUUAGAGAUUAUGGAGGUAUGGUCAUGGUGUCUCCAAUAAUACUAUCAACGUGAUCGUGUGUACCUAACUAUAAAAGUGAUAACUUGUUGGCAAGAAAGAGUAUAUGAUAGAGUCCCCACGGAUUUAAACAUUUGCUUCUGUUUCUCCCUUCCUUUUUACAACGAGGAACUCGUGACCGGCCUUAAUUGAUUGUCUUGUUUAUAAAAAAAAAAGAGUAUAUGUUCCUUGAAUCUGCCAAAAUUCAAGUUUGAUUUACAAAACUAAAAUAAUUACUUCUUUCUACCAAAAUAGGGGUGUUGAGCAGGCAUUUCUCGUCAUCUACGAAUGCGGGAUACGACUGGCUUCAGCAGGAUAUGCGGUAUUUGGAAUGGACUACGAAGGUCAUGGUCGGUCCAAAGGAGCUCGUUGUUAUAUUAAGAAGUUUGGUGACAUAGUAAACGACUGCUACGACUAUUACACCUCAAUCUCUGCGCAAGAAAAGUACAGAGGAAAGGGUAGAUUCUUGUAUGGAGAAUCAAUGGGAGGUGCGGUUGCUUUGUUGCUUCACAAGAAAGAUCCUUCUUUCUGGAAUGGUGCCCUUCUCGUCGCUCCAAUGUGUAAGAUAUCAGAGAAGGUGAAACCACAUCCAGUAGUGAUUAAUCUACUAACGAGAGUUGAAGAGAUUAUACCAAAGUGGAAGAUCGUGCCCACCAAAGAUGUUAUCGAUGCUGCCUUCAAAGAUCCGGUCAAGCGCGAAGAGAUAAGGAACAACAAGCUGAUAUAUCAAGACAAACCAAGACUCAAAACGGCACUUGAGAUGCUUAGAACGAGCAUGAACCUCGAAGACACUCUCCACGAGAUCACGUUACCUUUCUUUGUUCUCCACGGUGAAGCAGACACAGUGACCGAUCCAGAGAUUAGCAAAGCUCUGUUCGAGAAAGCAAGUACACGUGACAAAACCAUUAAACUUUACCCAGGCAUGUGGCAUGGGUUGACUUCUGGUGAGCCUGACGCCAACGUUGACCUCGUUUUUGCUGACAUCAUUAAUUGGCUUGAUGUUCGUACCGGCGACGCCACUUCACUCACUGCAAAUGUUGAAAAGGUCGCUUGUAACGAUCAAGGGGAACCUAAAGGAGAACAGGCUAGUCUCCUUGGUGGGUUAAAUGGUGGUGGACGCCGUGUGGUCCAUCGAUCUUCUAUGUAAUAAACUAAACAGAGAAUAAUCUGUUGCAUCAGGUUUUUUUUUUUUUUUCUCGACACUUGUUCUUAUUAGGACGCUAUUUUAUUAUCACCAAACAGAAUUCUUUGGGUAAGAAAAAACAAAUGUGUAUAAGACCAUCUUUAACCCUAGCA